AUGUCUUCUGGACACCGCCGUUACUUUUUGGCUGCUGUGGGAGCGGCUUCAUUGGCAGCAUUCUUAUACGUAAUGGAAAGACGUAGGAGACGUGUAGUUCUCCCCAAUCCUAAUAAUCCUAUGACUUUCGGAGCAGCAGUUACACAGUCCUUAGACUCUGUAUCCACACCUACCAAUACUUCAUCUGUUAUCGACAACGGCUCAUCCACUGCCGAUGAAUCUUCCACACCUUCAGAGAACUCUACUAUUAAUUCAGAACCUAUUACUCCGAGUAAAAAACAGAACUCGGUUGAAGAAGUAGUCCAACGCAAAACCGAACGUCCCACGCAAUCUGCUCGAAUGACGUCAGAAUCUGUGAGAGCGAUGUGUUCAGAAGUUUUCCAGGAAGAGGUGUCCAAAGACAAGCAGGUUUGUUGGCCUUGUCUAGAUGUUGUAUCUUGGUCUGACUAUAAUCAAAACCCCUCUUAUGUGGUUGCCGUUUGCUGGUUUAAGUCGGCGAAAUCUCUAUGCGCUCUUUUUAUGUAGGGAACCUGCAUUCGUUGCGAGACCAGGCAGGAGGAUUUAUGAAACAGAUGAAAAGUUAUGUAAUGUUGUGAUUACUAUCCGUAAAUGGCAAUAAACCUUUUUGUUUUCGUUUCGUGAUACUAAGAUUUUUCGUUUGUUACUUUUUAUAUUAUUUGAGACGUUAUCAGAUAAGUAAUUGUUUUUUUUUCAGGCUUCCGAGAUGACAAAGAAGGCGCAAAAGGUACCCUCGGUCUUGGUGGAACAGGUCUCGAAUAAGAUGGAUUGUGUGAAAUUAAAAGAUACGGUAGGUUCAUAAAUUAUUAUUUAAAUUGAAGCUUAGGACCCAAAGAGUUUGGUGGUGAAUACUGAAGAGGGGAAGAAUGCAGGAGAACUCACUCAAUUGCCAGCCGAGACUGAAUAUAAGAACGCUGAAAGUCCCUCCCAAUCGUCGACUAACAGCGAGGGAUCCGCUGACAGUGGGCGAGCUACCGGAGGGCCUAACUGCAGUCCCUUCGAUCAACAUAACAAUGACUACGAAAUCUAUCCAGUCUACGAGUUUGAGGUGCCCAACACACUGGUUGGUCUGAUCAUUGGCGUGCAGGGAAAAACCAUAUCUGUAAGAGCAUAGAAAUUACAUUUACAUAACCGAUUACUCUUGUUUUACAAUUGCCUUUUUAGGAAUUGUGUAAUCGUGCUCAAGUUCGAAUGUUGAUCCGGCCACAUCAUACUAUCUCCAGAAUGGAGACUCACCAGAUCUGCUCCAUCGAAGGGAAGAGACAGAACAUCAACAAAUGUCUCCAUAUGAUAAGAUAUAGAUUCCCUCAGAACCGAUUCCCUGACCUAAAUUUGAAGCCUGUUUUGCCUCCAACCAUAUUGGACGCACCCAAAGUUGUUGGUUCAGAACCCACUGCAGUAAGUUGAAUAAAAUUAGACUGCAGAUUAUACGAGAUCUUAAUAAAAAAGCGUUUUCAGCUAAGCUUACCAGUCGGUGUUCCAUGUGAAGUAUUUGUCUGCUCAAUUGUGGAUGCUGGACACUUUUUCGUUCAACUCCCGACCCAUCCCACUUUCUCGUCUCUCUCCACACUUGACUAUUACACCAUGAAUAUCUACAGUAAUCUUUCCGGCAUUCCAGUUCUUCCAAAGCCCUGUACUCCAGGUGUUGUUUGCAUUGCCCCCACCUGUAGUGGAUGGUUCCGGGCUAUCACUCUGCAUCACAAUGAGAACGAAGACACCGUUUUGGUCAGAUUUGCUGAUUACGGGGGCUUUGCCACCCUUCCGCGGACCGAAUUAAGGCAGAUUAGAUCUGAUCUGACUUCUCUCCCAAUGCAAGCCAUUGAAUGUUAUCUUGCCCAUGUGCAACCAUCUGAUGGGACAGUUCAUUGGAGUCAAGAAGCAGUAGAUCUCUUCACGAAACUCUGCUCCAGCAAGAUCGUUCAUGCUGAAUUAGUUGGUUUUCAUCGAGAAAACAACAUCCCCUACGUCAAACUAUGCACCGUUGAUGAAAAAAAGAAUGUAAGUUUCGUCCGAAUAUCGAUUUGUCUGUAAAGGAAUGAAUUUAUUUGUAACACAUCUUCAGGUUAAACGCGUAGAUCAGGUUCUCCUUGAAUUGGGCUAUGCCAAGCCCGCUGAUCCAGCCAAAAUGAUCGGCGUCCAAUCUAUCACAAGAAACGGACCAGUGGGAAAAACGAAGAAGACAUAUUAA